AUGAACAUAGGGUGUACCGCCGCGUCACCCUCCGCUGGGGGCGCCAGCGUGGUCACCACGCCGCCACUCGGAAACGCGGUUUCAACAGCGGCGCAUUACCGGCUAGGAAGGAGAAGCCGGAGGAGCAGUAGCAGCGGGGCGAGCUCGAGUAGCAGCUGUGGCAAUGGCGCCACAGCAGCUACACCCAGCCAUGGCGUAAACGCAAGCAGGAAGAGACGGCGUCACAGUACACUUUCGAGCGGCAUCGCGUCCGGAUCGGAGGAAGAGGGCGAACGCGCUCCCCCCACCUUUCGACUACGACUCGGCAGCUACGUCUCGGACUUUAGACUGACGAGAACACGGAGUCAUUCGCCGAGCUCGCCGCUCUAUCAGGCAACGCCUGCAUCGCCAACGGCUUCCACAAGACAGAGCCAUCCCUUGCGCAUCCAAACCACGGCUCUCCCGGACACGGCGUCGGCGCAGCAGCAAAAUGAACCGUCUCGUGUCCCUCCAGUAGCAUGGGCGAUACCCUCACCGACACUCGUGUCAUCCGCAUCAGCUGCAUUGCAAGAUGAGCGUGAUGUCGAGAUGGACCUCGACGUCCAGUCCACUUUCCAGGCCAUGCAGGUCGAUUCGCCCAUCGCCUCGCCGUCAGCGACAACCAAUGACAGCGCCCGCACCUCCUUCUUCCCAUCGCAAGCCAGCGCAAUUGCCCCAUUCCAGCCGCAAGCGCGAUCAAGCCUCAGUCCAAUCCCCGCGAGCCUGCUUUCGCCGUUCAGCACCGACACUCGAUACCCGCGAUCGCCAUCGCCUCUCUCGCCACCGUCCUCCGCAUCGCUACCGUCGAUGUCACUCAUCGCCCACGCGUCCAUCACGACCGUCUCUCCUGGCGUCUUUCCUUCCUCCGCGCUGCUCGCAUCGCGCAGAACCUCAAGACAGCCGUCCAGCAUCGCCCCGCAACAGCAUACGCCCGCAUCGCCCUCCCCUCUCGCACGCACCAUCUCGUUCCCCGCUCCCGCAUCUGCAUCGUUCCAAGAUACCCAGCCCGUCCCACAUCAAUACCCGACGCUUGCAUCCCCUUUCGUCCCGCAUCUCAAUCAUUCGUCGUCGCUCGAGCAAGAGUCUCCGACAAGGUCACGGUCGAAUUCGACGCCUUCGUCGCCCGUCAUUGAAGCGGCGGCGGGGGUCCCACCGAGCCCGGUGCGUCGUCAUUCCGACGGUCGACCUUCACCGCUCCGACUCCGUGCGCCGCUGUAA